UGACCAUGAACUAUGGACAGGACCUCCGUCCCUUUGCCGCUGUAAACCUCACUCAAAUAACAGAUUUAAUGUGACAGCUAAUAUGACUGCAGUGCUUGAGAGGUUUCAAUUUGGCCCACUACUGUUUUAUUGCUGAACAAAAUAGAGAGACUGCAAUAAAUUGUGGGAGUCGAACACGGUUGUGUUGACAGAGCAAGUUAGCUACACGUGAAGACACUGCAACCAUUAUACCGAAUUCUGAAUUUAAAGGCAAAUCCUGCAUUUUGAAGAUGUCAAAGCCAGCAAAAGGAACGGGCGUGGCAAUAAGGAAGAGAUCCAGAGUGCCUGGUGUUAUGAUCACACAGUAUGUUGAGGAACUGCCACCUGGAUUCACUACUCCUGAUUUCAUCAGAAAACCCAUAGCCUUAACGAUACAGGAAGGAAAAAUGGCCUUUUUCAAAGCUGUGGUUAAUGGAUAUCCAGUACCGGAAGUUUCAUGGGGACGUAACAAGGGAGACCUCUCUAAUCCAACAAAAUAUGUUUCACGAUAUGAUGAGAUGAAUAAAGAAUAUAUUCUAGAGAUACCAAAUGUAGAUUCGGAUCAAGCAGACACAUACAAAUGUAUUGUUAUAAAUCAGUUUGGAAGAGCAAUUUGUACCGCUGCACUGAAUGUCAUUGAGGUUGGAUUCAAGAAAAGAGAGCCAGCCCCCAAAAGUGACCCUGAGGAGUUCAGAAAAAUGCUGAAAAAAACGGUUGUGAAGAGAAGGCAAAAACAAACGAAAGAGGGAGAAAUCGAUCCAAGGUUCUGGGAAGUGUUACUGAGUGCAGCCAAGAAAGAUUAUGAACGGAUUUGUCAGGAAUAUGGAGUAACCGACUUCAGGUGGAUGCUGAAAAAACUGAACCUGAAGAAAAAGGAAAGAGAGGCAGAACAGUUGAAGUAUGUUGAGAAAAUCCACAGCAUGAAACAGAUUGAGGUAAAAACAGAUGGCACAGCAGAAUUUGAACUCGACAUGAAGUUGAAGGAUGCUAACAGCCAAAUUUUCCUCUACAAAGAUGGGGAAAUGCUUGACUAUGGAGAUGGAACUGAUGAUGCCACAAAACAUAAUAUGCAGAAAUUUGGUGAAACAUACUUGUUCAGCAUUAGAGAUGUUGGCCCAGAAGAUGCUGGGUUAUAUCAAGUGGAUGUAGAGGAGGCGAACAUGUUCUCAACUUCCCUAACAUUGCCUGAUGUGAAGUUUAAUAACAUGCUGAAAGACAGUAAAGUGGUUGAGGGGCAGGAUGCAAUGUUUGAGUGUGCCUUAUCGGACCCUGUACCACAAAUCACCUGGUGCGCCAAUGACAUCUCUGUUGAGCAUGGGGACAAAUAUGACAUCAGAGUGUCAAAAGACAAGCAAGUCCACAAACUAACAGUGAAAAAAUGCACAAAAGACGACAAGGGAGUCUACACGGCUAUUGCUGGGCUCAGGUCAAGCCAGGGGACUUUGAUUGUGGAAGAUGAUCCUAAUGCCCAUGGGAAAGGUGCAGAUGAACUAGCCAGACGUUUAUCUGAAGAGAAAGACAGACUGCAAAGGGAAAAAGACGAGGUGGCCAGGAGGGCACAGGCUGAAAAAGAUGAAGCAGCCAGGAAGGCCCAGGCUGAAAGAGAUGAGGCGGCUAGGAGGGCUGCCGAACAAGAUAAAGCAGCCAGGAGGGCACAGGCUGAGCGAGACGAGGCGGUCAGAAAGGCUCAGGCCGAGCGAGAUGAGGCAGCCAGAAAGGCUCAGGAAGCUCAAGAUGAGGCAGCCAGGAGGGCUCAAGCCGAACAAGAUGAGGCGACCAGGAGGGCACAGGCUGCACGAGAUGAGGCAGCCAGAAAGGCCCUGGAAGAGCAAAAUGAGGCGGCUAAGAGAGCACAAGCUGUAAAAGAUGAGGCAGCCAGAAAGGCCCGGGAAGAACAAAAUGAGGCGGCUAGGAGAGCACAAGCUGAAAAAGAUGAGGCAGCCAGAAAGGCCCGGGAAGAGCAAGAUGAGGCGGCUAAGAGAGCACAAGCUAAAAAAGAUGAGGCAGCCAGAAAGGCCCGGGAAGAGCAAGAUGAGGCGGCUAAGAGAGCACAAGCUGAAAAAGAUGAGGCAGCCAGAAAGGCCCGGGAAGAGCAAGAUGAGGCGGCUAGGAGAGCACAAGCUGAAAAAGAUGAGGCAGCCAGAAAGGCCCAGGAAGAGCAAGAUGAGGCGGCUAAGAGAGCACAAGCUAAAAAAGAUGAGGCAGCCAGAAAAGCCCGGGAAGAGCAAAAUGAGGCGGCUAGGAGAACACAAGCUGAAAAAGAUGAGGCAGCCAGAAAGGCCCGGGAAGAGCAAGAUGAGGCGGCUAGGAGAGCACAAGCUGAAAAAGAUGAGGCAGCCAGAAAGGCCCGGGAAGAGCAAGAUGAGGCGGCUAAGAGAGCAAAAGCUGAAAAAGAUGAGGCAGCCAGAAAGGCCCGGGAAGAGCAAGAUGAGGCGGCUAAGAGAGCAAAAGCUGAAAAAGAUGAGGCAGCCAGAAAGGCGCAGAAAGAGCAAGAUGAGGCGGCUAGGAGAGCACAAGCUGAAAAAGAUGAGGCAGCCAGAAAGGCCCAGGAAGAGCAAGAUGAGGCGGCUAGGAGAGCACAAGCUGAAAAAGAUGAGGCAGCCAGAAAAGCCAAAGCAGAGCAAGAAGCUGCUGAAAGGAUGGCAGCCAUGGCGGCAGGGAAAGGAGGUGGACAAAAUGGCAGUGGAGAAUCUAGCAUCGGAGAUGGAAAUGAAGGUGAUGGAACAGGGAAGAACAGAAAAGGAGGAGAUGGUAACUUGAGAGAUGGAAAAGGAGAUGGGUAUGAUUUAGACAGAUCAGGUGGAGAUGGGUCAGGUGAUAAGGCCAAGAAGCGUGUGAGAGUCGGUGAACUGGUUCCUAACAGCAUCAUAGACCAUGGAGUCCACUUCCUGAACGGGUUGUCAGAUACUGCAGCCAACGUUGGAGAAUCAGCAGAGUUGUCCUGCAAAAUUAACAGUGAAGAUAAAACUGGAUUAUGGUACAAAGGUGGAAAAAAGUUAGAGUCCAAAGAUGGACUUACAAUUGUCAAAGAUGGAGCUAACCACAAACUAAUCAUCAAUGACUGCCAAGAAAGAGAUGCUGGGAAAUACAAGUUUGAGGUAGAAGGACGUAAAUCAGAGGCUACAUUAAUUGUUCAAGAUCCACCAAAAAUUGAUGUAGAUACCUUGAGUAAAUUCUCAGAGCCUGUUAUUGUAAAAGCUGGAGAAAAUGCUUCCUUCAAGCUACCAUUUUCAGGAAAAGAACCAAUUAAGAUUCAGUGGUUUAAAGAGGACGAAGAGCUGCUGCAGGGUCACGGUGUCAAGAUCGAAAAGUCUUCAGCUCAUACCCGUCUACUUCUUGCUAAGUGUCAGCGCAAAGACACCGGAGAGAUAAAAAUCAAAAUCAAGAAUGAAUUUGCCACUGUAGAGGCAACAUCAAAACUUAUCAUACUUGACAGGCCAACUCCACCACAAGGACCUGUAGAAAUUGUAGAAAGUUCUUUGUCUGCCAUUGAGUUUAAAUGGAGGCCCCCAAAAGAUGAUGGUGGUUGUCCACUGACUAAUUACAACCUGGAGCGGCAGCAGCUGGGACGAAACACCUGGACUAAAAUUGGAGACAUUCCUGGACAGCCUACCUACAGAGACACAAACAUAGAUUGUGGCCGAAAGUACUGCUACAGGAUCCGGGCAAAAAACUCUGAGGGCUUCAGUGACGUCAUGACAACUACUGAUAUUGCUGCUGGCACUUUGGCAUUCCCUGGCUCUCCUGCUCCUCCUAAAAUAGUCAGUGCUUUUAAAGACUGCAUUAACUUGACCUGGGUUCCUCCCUCCAUCACUGGAGGGGGCAGUAUCAUUGGCUACAAUUUGGAAAAGCGCAAAAAGGGCAGCAAUUUUUGGAGUCAAGCAAACCCAAAAGAUGAUCCAAUCAGAGACAAAAAAUAUGCAGUAAAAGAUGUCAUCGAAGGUGCGGAGUAUGAGUUCAGAGUGUGCGCUAUUAACACAUGUGGCCCUGGAGAACUAAGUGGGCCCUCUGAAUGUGCAAUUGCAAGGGACCCCAAAAAGCCUCCUGGUAAGGUCAAAGACCUCAAAAUAACUGGAUCAAGCUACACCAGUCUGUCUCUUUCCUGGACUAAACCUACAGAAGUCAAAGGUGAGGAAGAUGAAGCAAAAGGCUAUUUUGUGGAAAUCAGGCCCGCAGACCAACACGAGUGGAGCCGUUACAAUACAAACACAGUGAUUCAGACUUCCUUUACUGUUGUGGGAUUGAAGUCAAUGGCCAUGUAUUGGGUUAGAGUAAUCGCCACCAAUGAAGGAGGAGAGGGGCUUCCACAGAGCUUUGACAAUUACAUCAUCGCCAUGCCUCCUCCAGUAAAGCCAAAGUUCACUGACAAAAAAAUGAAAAGCUUUAUGGUUGUUAAAGCUGGAAACACAGUUCGUGUCAGCGUCAGUUUUGAGGCUUCUCCUUUACCAGACAUUACAUGGCUAAAGGAUGGUGUUCCAGUAGCCAAACAUGUGACGAUUACUAAUUUUGAAAAGGGUUCUCAGCUAUUUAUUUAUACAUCAGAGCUGUCUGACACUGGCAUCUAUACGGUCAAUGUGAAGAAUAUGGUGGGCCAGGACACAUUUUCUAUUGAAAUAAGAGUCACUGAUGACCCCAAGCCUCCAGGUCCAGUAGAACUGGAACAGAAUGUCCAUGGCACCGUGACUCUGUCAUGGACUCCUUCUCCAGAUGAGAAACGAGACAACCAUCUGCAUUACAUGGUGAUGAAGCGGGACUCUGUCAAGCAAACAUGGCGCACAGUGGUUGACCGCUUGUUUAACAACAAAUUCACAGUCAUUAACAUCUUGCCUGGAAGAGAGUACAAAUUCAGAGUGUUUGCCAAGAAUGAUAUAGGUCUCUCAGAGCCAUCAGUGUCUCCAGUUUGGGGAACCACCAAACAAAGAGAAAAAUUCACAUAUACCAUGCCUGUAUCAAGGACCCUCGACUUCCAGGCACCCCCCAAAUUUAUUGUCUCCUUGAAACUUCACACUGCUCCGCCGGGUUAUGAGUGCUACAUGAGCUGUGCAGCGACGGGCAACCCAACACCACAUAUUACCUGGUACCAUAACAAUGUCAGCCUCAACACAAACCCCAACUACUACAUAACAAACGUGUGUGGUGUUUGUUCACUGCUCAUCCUGAAGGUUGGACCCAAAGACAUGGGAGAAUACACAGUUGUAGCCGAAAGCCCUCUUGGUCAUGAUGAGUGCUCCACCAAACUUAUAGUCAAAUAGUACAGAAAGGACGACUUCAAAGAAUGGUUUAUGCAAUCAUAUUUCUUGUGAAAAAUGUUAUAAUUGAUGUGGUCUUAAGAAAUAAAUAAAAAAGAUAUCUCAUAACA